AUGCCUCAUCACUAUAUUAAGGUUAAAUCAUCUUCAUGUGUUAGUGAUGAAAGUGAAAAUGAAAAUUUAAAAUUGAAAGAACUUCAGUCAUCAAUACAUAACAUUGAAGUGGAUAAUGUACUAUCCAAAUUUUCAAAGCACAUAAUAUUGCUUCCACAAUCGGAUCAUUUACGUGUUUUGCAAACAGUUAUAAGGAAUAAAGACACUCCAAGAAACGAAUUCUUAUUCAAUGCAGAUUGUCUAAUACGUUUAGUAGUUGAAGAAGGCUUAAAUCAACUUCCUUAUGAAAAUGUGUGCGUUACGACCCCCACAGGACAUUCAUACCAAGGAAUUAGUUUUCUUCGUGGAAAUUGUGGUGUAUCUGUUAUGCGAUCUGGUGAAGCAAUGGAACGUGGCCUAAGAGAUUGUUGUAGAUCUAUGCGUAUUGGCAAGAUAUUGAUACAAAAAGCCAAAGAAAACGAUGUAGUCGAUGUUAAAGUAUAUUAUGCUAAAUUUCCACCAAAUAUUGAAAAUAGAAAGGUUCUAUUAAUGUAUCCUAUUUUAGGUACUGGAGUAACUGUUUUAAAAGCUUUGGAUGUUUUAAGAACUUAUAAUGUUCCUAUAGAAAAUGUAAUAUUACUUACGUUAUUUACAUCACCACAAAGUCUUAUCAAUGUAUUAACACGUAAUCCAGCAUUGAGAAUUGUCACAUCAGAAAUUCAUCCAAUUGUACCAAGUCAUUUUGGUCAACGUUAUUUUGGCACAUUUUAA